AUGGACAAAACCAUACUGCUGGUUCUGUUGGGUCUGCAGGCUCUGCUGCUCCUCUCAGCCCUCAACUCUACAGAGGCAGCCGCUCUGGUGAUGGAGGAUCGAGAAAGACCAUCUCUGGAGCAGGUAAGAUGAUUCGACGCACAAAAUUCUCACCCAGAGGUGGUUUUCCAUUAAAGUGGUGUUUUCUAAGGAGACAGUCAGAGUUCAAAUGUUAAAGAGAAAACAAACGCUUGAUCUGUUUAAGUUGGAACAAAUAAUUUCAUUUUGAGAUUAAAAAUUUGACUAAUGAUGAGGAAAAGUAAGUACUUUUAUGAAUAAUGAUAUUUUGUUUUUAACCAUUUUGUUACAGAUCAGAAAAGGAGGCAGAAUUAGACGGCCGAUGAACCGCCCACCAAGAUUCCGACCCAGAUUCCCACCUAGAGGAAGCUGUUGGAGGAGACCAGGAUGUCAUAGUUCUUUGGAAGUGGUAAACUUGCUUCACUUAAUUUUCUCUGUUCUGACAAAAAAGUCAACUUCAUUCCUAUUAAAGUUUAAACACAUAAAAAGUUCCCAUCUAAAUGUAUUUAUAAUAUGGAAGAGAAAUACUUCUGUCAAUGAAUUAGUGUGUUAUUGUCGAAAUAAUGGGACAUGUUUUCUCUCUUUCUGCGACAUUUUAGCGCCCUCAGCCCACUCACAACCCAGGGGAAAACGCUGUGCACAGCUGAGUUCUCCAUCUUGGAGGUUCAACAUGAAUUUGCAUCUUUUGGCUCAUCAACGCUGAUCAAAAAUUUCUCUGAAAAUGUUGUCAAAAUGAUUAUACGGAUGAAAUUUGUUCUUAUUCUCUUGAAAUAAAAAAAUUAUAAUUUCACUGAAAUAGUCUUGACUUGUUUUUUUGAACAUAAAUCUUGUGUCAGAAAUAUUUUUGUGUAUUUGUUUAUUAAGAUUAAUGAAUUUUGUUCCUAUUAUUCAAGGACACUUUUAUAUGGUCCCUAAAUCUGUGGUAGAUCACUCCAACAGGCGGUGGUGUACAUUUCCUUGUAUACUGCGUCUCUUAAUGAUACAGGGAAAGGCUAAAAAUGAGCUGAUAUUCAAAACCCACCUGUGGAACAAAACAGAAUCUCACACUUAAUUUUGUCUCUGUGUUUCAACACUGAUACAACAGAAUUUAUGCAAGGUGAUAAGACAGCUGAAAGACUUUGUUUGACAACUUUCACAAAGAUGACUUCAACCCAAAGAACUAAAAAACACAUGUUCAUAUCUCUCAUAUUGACUUAAUGUUCAAAGCAUUUGUAAAACUAAGGAUAUCACUAAAGAUAGAGCCUGUGAGGAAAAAGAAAAGGCACGUCUAGCAUUUUUUUCCAGAGAUGAGGGCAUCAAAAAAUCAGACGACUCCCCCUGGUGGAUGGAGAAGAAGCAGACAAAGUGGAAAACAACCAGAAUUAUUUGAUUUGAUAUGACUCACUUGUACUUUUUGUCGUUCUAUCGCGGUCAUUCUGUUUCCCCUUUACUUGUUUUCAUGAAAAUGGUCAGUGGUGAAAUCCCCUCGAUGCCGACACCCUGGCAUGUGGUCAAAUCACCAAUUCACACAAGACCUUAUUUACUGUCAGGGAAGAUUACCACUCUGUUACAACAUUUAUUAUUUCUCAAUCACACAACAAGCCCAGUAAUUUAUUACAAAUUAAUCUGAUUAACUCAGAGGUAAUGAUCUACCACGAUGGACAGACUUAGAUGAUUGUGAACAUCAUAAACAAACAACUUUGUGGAAGGCUAAAUUACACACAGUGAUGAACCCACAAAACCUCUAGAGAGGAUAGAAUACACAAACAAACAAGACAAAGUCCAACUAAAUCACACAGAUAAGAGGAAAGAUACAAACAGAGGCUGAAUCUCAGUGUCAGUAGUCAACAAAGUAGGCCCAUGCGUGUACCAACCCUCUGUUGCUCAAAUCAUUAUAAGAGUUGAUGUAAUAAAAGUUAUUUAUUCAUCCCACUUGCCCCACACAUGUUCUGUUUGACUUUGCUAGAUUUCCAUCAGACAUCUUUUUGAUGAUGUAAAGUUGUGGCAUCACGUUGUUGUUUCCUUUUAACGCACUUAAAAGUGUUUAGUUGUGACUCACCACACAAUUCAGCCUGUUGAGUCUGCAGGCUCUGCUGCUCCUCUCAGGAUUAUAGUGUUUUCAUGCUGAACUGUGAUAUUGUAAAUGGCUAAAACCCCUUUGUUAAGAGCAUGAGUUUUAUCCAAUUUUCAGACAGAAAUGAAAACAAACGAGAAAAGCCAAAAUAUUAGAUCAGAAGUAAAAUGUAUUUAUAAUUUAAGGCUUAUAAAUACUACAUACAAAAAGGCUAGUGGUUAGGAGGUAUUAUUUUCACCGUAAUGACCUUGUCUGCUGUGUGAUCAGCUAAAAAACCAUACCUGCUCUCACAGGUUUAGUCAAAGGAUGAAAAAGUAAAGACGAAAAAACAAACUCACAAAGUUAUUGAAAUUGAAAGCUCUAUGGAUAUGUAAUGUCUCUUUAAACCUCCUGUCUUGUUUUCGUUGAUAAAAUCAGUAAAGGACAGCAGAGGAGGAAGCAGAUAAAAUACUUUAACAUGCCAGAGGUCAAAAUUAUACUUAAAUUAGUCUGUGAUUAAACAAACAUUUCUAAUAGUGCAUGAGGUAUCUUACAUCUGCACGCAUCCUCUCAUCCUCUUCUUGUGUCUCCACAUCAAAAGUUGUUUUUCAGUCAGUAUAUAAAAAGCUGUGUUUCUAAACUGCAUCAAACCUGGCAGAUCAGCAGUCAUGGACAGAGCUGUGCUGCUGCUCGUGUUGUCUCUGCAGGUUUUCCUGCUCAUCUCAACCUUCACCUCUACUGAAGCCGCCACUUUGAGGAUAGACUCUCAACAGGCUCCUGACCAGGUAAGAAAACCCUGAGGUACUCCCCUGAAGCCUCUGGUAUUUUUGACAGACAGAAUUAAGAGUUAAGAUCAGUUCACAAUAAAAUGAUAAUGUUUGAAGAAAUCUACACCAAGAAAAGACUCAAAAUGUUUCAUUAGAGCAUGUACAUCAUAACAAGUUAUCAUAAAUAAUGUGUGAUAUGAUCAUUAUAUCAGUUCAAGAUAUUAAGUAAGUACAAAUCAGUGUUUGAGACGCACUUAAAAGCCUAUUCAUGUCGGAUUGAAUUGAUAAAGGUUGCAGCUGAAGCAUGCGUUUACAUAAUCUCAUAUUUAAAGUUGUCUAACCAGGAUUUCCUACAGUGGUGAGGAAAAGGGAUUUAUUUCUGUAGAAAAAGCCAAUGUUUUGGGUGAGGUUUACUGACCAAAUUUGAAACAUGAUUGUGAAAGAAACUUUCUCAUCAAUCAAAUAUCUACACAAAAUUACCCUUUUAAAAUUGUUGCCACUCGUGAUGAUGAGAUUCUUCAAGUCAGCAUGAUUGGCUCUGAAUAAAGAGCAUGAAUUAAGUGUUUUCUGCAUGUAAGACUAAUCUAUGUUUGAGGAGUGCAACUUGUAAUCCAGAGAAGCAGCACUGGAGGUAACGCACAGCAAACUGUACAUUAGUAGCAGUGCAACACAAAAACGCAUCAUCAGCAUAAAGAUGAAUUUUAAUUUCAGAAACAGCUGACACAAUAUCAGUCAUAAAAAGAGUAACUGUGUCAAAUGCUAUAGAGAGGUCGAUAGGGUCAAGGCUAAAAUGAUGUCAUUUAGAUAAGAGUGGCUAAAGUAACAGUGCUGUGCUUUUGUCUAAAACCUGCUGUGAACUUUAAAUGGAAAAUGUUUAGAGGGAUAAUUUAUAUUUACUCACUAGAGAUUCAAUAUGAUUCGAUAAGGACAGAGUAGUUUAACAGGCCCUUAAACUGAUGAAACUUUUUUUAUCCAUUAAUGAAUCUCAAAUUUUGGCUCUUUAUACAACAUGGGCUCUUUGGGAUCUGUGCUUACUGCUAUCCCAAUCACAAAUAUUGUUUGUUUGAUGGUUGUUUGAGAUAAUAACAGCAUUUCUUUAAAGGUGAUGGGAAGAGUAAGAGGCCUCAGAGGAAGACCUAGAUACAAACCCUCAACCGACUACAACUGGAGAUCAGGGAGUGGAUCUACGCCAUUAGAGGUUCUGCCUCCUCCUCUUCCUCCUUCUUAUCCACCUCCACCCCCUCCUCCACCUCCACCUCCCAGGUGAGAUAUUUCUCUGUAAUGAUAAAUGCGACAGUAAAAAGCCUAGAGUUAUCUGCACAGUGUCAUUAUGUGUAACUUCUCUCUUGGUUUUCUUCUCUCUGUGUCCCUGUCUCUGUUUCCAGACCAGACCCAGACAAAUGGAUGGAUAGUGUGAGUGUUGAACAUGUUGAUUCACAUUUUACUUUUUGGACUUCUAAUACAAAAUGACUCUCUGUUAAUUAUAUUCACAUGUUAUUUCAUUUGGUUUGUGUCAAUUUUGUCGCCCCCUGUGGACAAAGUAGUUUUUGCUUAUGUCAUCCUUUACAUGCUGAAAAUUUUUCUUUUGAUGAAAAAAAUGAUAAUCCUGCUGUUUUUUGAUGGUCAAAUGUAUGAUGAAUUGCAAAUAUUUUAUUUGGGAGAGAUGGUAAUUUCGAUCUUUAAACAGUUGGACAGAGAACAAAUUGGCCCAAAAGGACAACCUGCAUCCUACGAUCCCUGGAGAUAUAUGGCAUGCGGAGGAGUACAGAGAAGGGCGCAUCAUAAUGGACCUCCUCCUGGUCCUCCUGGUCCUCGUCCAAAGUAAGAGAUCACUUCACAUGCAAAAGUAACAACAUUUAAAAGUUGAAAAAUAAAAAAAUAAAAACUUUAAAACACUGUCCUCCAAUACAAACUACCUCAAUCUACAAAUUGCAACAUCAGUAGCAGACAGUGCAUUACUGUGAUGAAGUUCUUAUUUAACAAUAUUGUCAUAUCACCAAUAACACAAGUAUGAGCACCCCAUAAAUCCAAGGUAAAUGUAUAAAGGAAAUGGUACAAAUAUCCAUAAAUAAGAAAUGAAAAUGGUAAAUGAGUGACAGUGAAAGUCAUUUUCUAACCAGUGUGAUUCUUUUCUCUUUCUUUCCAUCAGUCCAUACCCAAAGCCAAGACCGAUGUGGUAG